AUGUCUAGUGACGCUGAUCGGUAUGUUAACACUCUAUUAGACCUGUUUAAUCGAUUCUCCUCCAUGAUUGAGGAGUGUUUCCAUAACGAUCCCUCCUUCCUCACCAUUCGUGACAAGGCUUACCAACGUCUUGUCAACGAUACCACCAUAUUCUCCGUCAAAAUUCCUGACUCUCUUCGGUAA